AGAUGAAAUAGUUUUACAAACAAUUCAACAACCUACUUCCGAUUGACAUUCCGCAAAUCACACCAAAACCUAUAAUCCAUCACUCAACGUCACAACACUAGCAACAUGUUCGCCCGAAACCUCGUCUCCUCUUCCCGCACCGCCGCUCGAUCGGUCCGACCCACCCAGAUGAUGGCCGUCCGAGGACUCAAGAGCAAGCCCAUCUUUACCGCCAACACCACCGUCAAGGGUGCUCGUCAGGGGUCCGUCGUCGGUGAGGCCCUCGACCUGAAGUUGAGCACGAGCAAGAUCUUGGGCAAGGAGUCCGACGGCAAGACCAACCCGGAGGAGAUGUUCUCUGGUGGAUUUGCCGCCUGUUUCGCCUCGGCCUGCAAUGCCGUCGCUUUGAAGCGUAACAUCACCCUUCCUGAAGAUCUCGUCGUUGAUUCUACCGUCGCUCUUUGCGGAGACAUGAAGAAACUCGACAUGUUCCUCGAAGUUGAGCUCAAGAUCAAGUCCCCCGAGAAGAUCGACAAGGCCACCAUGCAGGAGAUCGUCGACGAGGCCGAAAAGGUUUGCCCUUACUCGAGGGCCGUCCGUGGAAACAUCGACGUUACCGUCUCCGUCGUCUAAGCACCGAAGCUGCUUCCAUUAUGUAUCACACCCCGAUCGUGUCAAAUUCCGCAAAACGCAACGCAGAAUCAUAUGAACCAAAUGAAAUGACAA